UUAAAUCGAAAGGACAAAGCACACAUUUCUAUUCUCAGAGGCCUAGCCCUGCAUAACGGUACCACUGGGUUUUUGUCUGUAUGCUUCCUGUCACAGAUCAGCGUCUUUGAAGUGGUUUUAGUCUGAGCACAGAACAGCCUAUUAUUGUAGUGACCAACAAGUGAUGCUGAAGUGGAAGAAAUGAUGCACAGCGUGUAUAGCAGCCACACAACACAGGGCAAUAAAGUAUGCAAAUAUCACUCUGACCACCGUCCUUCUCACUCGCACACCAGCGGGGGACCAGUAUAUGUUACAGUUGAUGAUUGUUAAGUUGUGAAACUGUGUCCGUGUUUGAAACUAAAUAAAAAAAUCUAAAUGAUUAAAAAUAAAUAAUAAAUAGCAUAUAUAAUAAUAAUAAUAAUAAAUGAUAUAAAUCCUCAAACAUCCACCAAAGCAAGCCAUUUAUCACUGUAAUCAAUGAACCAAUAAGGGAAAGAGACAAGUCAAAUGGGAGGGACUCUACAGACGAAUUAGUAAGUCACCCUGUCACACAAACAGACAUGUCACCUAACAAGUACUUUCACAGUCAUGACGCAAAGUAGCUCAUCAUUUUCAAGGGAGAAUACUCACCAAAACCUCGACUUUUGAAAUAACUACACAAACUUUCGAAAUGAUCCGAAUCAACAACACCCAAUACGUCCACUUCCUGCAGCAGGCGGAUGCCUUACGGCGCUCAGGGUCACUCUGCGAUGCCAUCAUCUCAGUAAAGAGUCAAACCUUCAGGGCCCAUCGGCUGGUACUGGCUUGUGCCAGCAGAAGACUGGCGCAGCAGCUCGCCCAGGCGGACGCAGACAGCCCGGUCCACUGCACUCUGGAGUAUUUCUCGCCACGCACCUUCCAGCAAGUCCUGGACUUCACCUACACACAGACUCUGGAUGUGUCUUUGGACGACCUGCACUUGCUGCUGAAUGCCGCUCAGCUGUUGGAGAUGCAGCAGCUGGAGGACCAGUGCCGAAAGCAGCUGGGAAAUCUCGACCACAGAGCCGGAGAGGGUGCAAACACGAGAGACAUCACGUCUAUUAAAGCGGAAGAAAAAGAAAGUGCAGAGGACAAUGAUCAGAAGCAAAAUGGGAGUCCAGAUCAAGUGGACCGACGGCGAGAGACUCCAUCCCCGGCGGAGGAAGCAAGCGACUGCAUCGUCCUGGAAGGCCCCUCCACCCCGGAUCCUGCCAAGAACCCCAACGCCCGGCCAUCCCCGAGAAAGAUGCCCUGGCACAGAGACAGCGUGAUCACUCGUUCCGCAGUCAGCAGUCCCUAUUUGUCUUCCCCCUGGAUUUUCCCCACAAACAUGUGGAGCUCCGUGACCACGCUGAGGCGGAUGGCGGAGAACUAUCCGAGCUUAAUGGCAACUCACCCCCUCGCGACUCCAAACCAGUCCGCCACUGUAGCGUACCCGUUCUCCCUCUCCGCCCCCCACAUGUUCCCCGUCCUCGGCUCUCAUUUUCAAACCCCUGUUCAGAGCUCCAUAGUGGGUUCAAGCUUUUAUCCACAUUAUACGCAAAACCUUUGCAAUGGGCCUGCAGGUAUGGGGAGCAUUAUCAAGCAAAGCCUGUUGAAAAGAAGAAAAAUCAGCCAGCGAGAAUUUAAAGGGGUCGUUCACGCCAGUGAGCAGAGUAACCCUGAGACACCCCGUCCCAGCCGAGUGAGAGGUAAAGACUGCCAACACUGCGGGACGAGCCUCCUCGGUGCUCCAGCGCUGCGGGAGCCGGCCUCCACGCCACCAGGGGAGGCCUGUGCGGGGUGCCGGUUCUGUGGAAGAGGAGAUGUUCUGCUGCAUGAACCACAAUCCCAUCAACGAGAACGCAGAGUAGAAAAACCCUACCAAUGCCAACGCUGUCCCAAGACGUUCAGUCUGAAACAUCAACUGGACACACACCACCGAGUUCACACGGGAGAGAAGCCCUUUGAGUGUCGCCUCUGUGGGCAGCGUUCUCGCGACUACUCUGCCAUGAUCAAGCACCUGCGGACUCAUGGCGGGGCCACGCCGUACCAGUGCACAGUGUGCCUGGAGUUCUGCAAUAGCCUGGUCGCCAUGCAGAGGCACCUGAAGGGCCACGCGGGACGGGACUUCCCUCCCGACUGGAGCAUCAGCAGCACCUAUCUGUACAACUCACACAUCUAAGGGCUCCCAGCACACAUCGCUGUCCGCCACAACUUCUCAUUUAGGGCCUUUCGUGUGCUAUCGUUAUAUUUAAAGAGCAUAGGUGAACCUUUGUUUUUCUUAAGGAUAAAUCCCAGAUGAUUUUUGGAAAAAGCAAGAAGGUCCGUGAACAACACUUACCACUUUUUAAAAGUUACAAUUAAAUACACUAGAUGCACAAACUGGGGCUGUCACAGGUGUUUCAAUGAUUUCUAUGCAAACUGAGAUUUCUCCGUGUUCACAAUCACAACGAUAGAAUGGAAGAAAGCUGCACUCGUUCCUAAUGACGAAGUGCUGGGCAUUUCACAAUAGGUCACGCAUUAAGGCCCCAUCGAGAGUUUUGCAUGACGUCAAACGAGUGAAAUGACGCAGACACCUUCCCUCUUACUUUCAGUAUUAUUCGACUGUUGGCGUAAAUUGCACAAAGGUUUUGAGUGCCCUCGUCGGGGACGAGGAGGUACUGUAACAGUCUGGGUUUUCCUUCUGUCAUAGCGCUUUCUUAUGCAUCACUGUGUUAAGAUUGGAUCUGUAGCUCAGAAUAUGUUUAGGACAAAAGAGUAUUUUCACUAAGUGAUGGAAGAUAUAAACAGCGAACAUUCAAUGAAAGAAUUCCUCUCCACUGCGAUUAAAAUGAAAGCAUCUCCGUUCCUUCCAUUUGAUGUCUGUGCUGUGUUUAUUUUCUUCUCCCUUACUUCAUCCACCUCAGUAUAGCCUCUCUGCCCAUUUCUCCGCCUGCACUUAAACUUAGUAUUUUAGUCUUGGUUUUGAGUUCAGUCCGUGUUGGAUCCUUUGGUUCUGUGAUGUUCAGUUCUCCUCUUUCUGCAGAAACUGUAAAUAAAGAUUACCUUCUACAA